UAUAACUGAUAGGUCAUGCUCGCGCCUCUCCCCGGCCUUUUUGAGCCUCCAUUAUUAGCUAACCAAAAUCUCCCUCCCCCCCUCUCUCUAGAAUAAAACCCCAAAUCUUGACUUCGGGCAGAAUAUUGUCCAAGUUAGGGUGGUGAAGUUGGGGAUGGAGGAAAAGGAUCAGCAGCCACCAGCAUCUAAGAUACAGAUAUACCCCACCUCCACUGGUGAAAUCUCUCCCUUUUGGCGAGAGAAGUAUGAAAGAGAUGCAAAGAAGUACUGGGAUAUCUUUUACAAGCGCCAUCAAGACAAAUUCUUUAAAGACAGGCACUACCUGGACAAAGAAUGGGGCCAAUACUUCUCUGGGACUGACGGGAAAGUCAUACUUGAGGUUGGCUGUGGGGCUGGAAAUACCAUCUUUCCUUUGCUUGCUACAAUACCAAAUAUAUUUGUCCAUGCCUGCGAUUUUUCACCUCGAGCUGUGAACUUAGUUAAGUCGCACAAGGAUUUUGAUGAUGCUCGGGUGAAUGCAUUUGUCUGUGAUCCAACCGUUGAUGACCUGAUCCAGUAUAUUUCUCCUUCAUCAGUGGAUGUUGUUACCAUGAUAUUUGUUCUAUCUGCAGUAUCCCCUGAGAAGAUGCCUCUGAUGUUACAAAACAUCAGAAAAGUUCUGAAGAAAGAUGGCUGUGUCUUAUUUCGUGACUAUGCAACUGGUGACCUUGCACAGGAAAGGCUUAUUUCCAAGGAACAAAAAAUCAGUGAUAACUUCUAUGUUCGGGGUGAUGGGACUCGGGCUUUCUACUUUUCUGAUGAGUUCUUAGUGAAUCUCUUCAAUGAAAAUGGUUUUGAUUCUGAGGAGCACAUCUUGUGUUUCAAGCAAGUGGAAAAUCGGUCAAGGGAGUUAGUGAUGAAUAGGCGUUGGGUUCAAGCUGUAUUUCGUGUCGGUAGUGGGAAAUCUGGAGGGAAAACUGAAAGCAAGGUGAGAUUCCUUGGUAAGGAUAAUGACAAGCCUGAAAUACAAAAAGUUUCCCUUGAACACUCUGCAAAUGAGACUGAAGUUGAUAUCUCCGACGGGAUGGCUCUUGAAAUGUUUGGUAUUUCAUCUCCCAAGGAGGAGAUUCUUGAUGUCAUCUCCAGAGACUAUUCUUUCAAGAUAAAUGUCCUCUCAAAAGAGUAUCAGCAUACCUGCAAAUCAACUGGCUUAAUGUUAUGGGAAUCAGCUCGGCUUAUGGCUUCUGUCCUUGCUACUAACCAGACCAUUGUUUCAGGCAAAAGUGUUUUAGAGCUGGGUUGUGGAUGUGGGGGCAUUUGCUCCAUGGUUGCUGCUAGAUCUGCUAAUCUUGUGGUUGCCACUGAUGGAGACACAAAAGCACUUGAUCUAUUAAACCAGAAUGUCGCUCUGAAUCUCCAACCAUCAACUCGUGCAAGUCUAAUAACAAAAAAGCUUGAGUGGGGAAAUAGAGAUGAUGUAGAGGCUAUCAAAAGGCUAAAUGAUAGAGGUUUCGAUGUCAUAAUAGGCACAGAUGUCACGUAUGUUGCUGAUGCAAUCUCUCCUUUGUUUGCAACUGCAAAAGAGCUGAUCCGAUCUGGCAGAGGCGAUAAGGAGGAUUGCACACCAGCUCUAAUCCUUUGUCACGUCUUUCGCAGAGUUGAUGAACCAUCUAUACUUUCAGCAGCGUCAGAAUUUGGUUUCAGGUUGGUGGAUAGGUGGCCGCUUACCCCCACUAGCACACCUCAGAACAUUAUCCAAAGCUGGUUCUCCCAGGGCAACCUUGAAGCUUGUGUUCCCACCACUGCACUGAAUAUUCUGUAUUUCCACAAGUUUUAGGUUUAAAUCUUGGAGGAAUUUUAUUUUCUGCAUCCAGGGAAAGGGGAAAUGUACCAGAAGGCUGCUCAAGAGUUCUUCGGUCCUGGUUCUUGGCGCUGCCCAGUAUUUAACCCUUCAAGGCUUCGAGCAUUGAAUCUGUGCUUGUGUUAGCGCGUUCCUUAUCAGCAAAUUGAUUUGCAUGUAGCUAAAUAUGCUAUUGUUAUCGUUAGGAAGUUGAAGCUGUUCUUAUGGGAAAGGUAGUGAUACCAUUCUCUCUUGGAUGCAUUCUUUCCCUUUGUUGUCUUGAUUGUUUACCAAGAUUCAGGAAGUUUUUUAGUUGCCCAAACUGAACCAUGUUUACUUAAUAUUGUUGUGUUAUAGUGAAACCCUUAUAUCUCUUGAAUGCUUGCUAUCCCUUGCUGUCUUAGUUACCAAGAUUCAGGAACCUUUUCAUUGACCAAAUUGACCAUAUACUUCAUAUUGGUUUGUUAUGAUGCUGAAA